UUAGCUCCUUCCCACAUGCUUUAUACCUGAAGAGGGUAACCAAAGCCAUUCACCACCCCCUUCUCUUCUUCAAAACGCACCCUAUUCUCCUCUAUUUUGCAUCCGCAUUUGUUCUUGAAUCUCUUUGGUAUUCCUCAGAGCCUCUCAUCAGAGAGAAAGAGAACAAAAAAAAAGGUGAGAGAUGGAGAGAAUGUUCCCUCCCAAGAAGCCCUCAACUAUGAAUUCCCAUGACAGACCCAUGUGUGUUCAAGGAGACUCAGGUCUUGUUCUCACAACAGACCCAAAACCUCGCCUCCGCUGGACCGUCGAGCUCCAUGAACGCUUUGUUGAUGCUGUCACUCAGCUCGGAGGCCCUGAUAAGGCUACUCCUAAAACCAUCAUGAGGGUGAUGGGUGUGAAGGGUCUCACCCUUUACCACCUUAAGAGCCACCUUCAGAAAUUCAGGCUUGGCAAGCAGCCCCACAAGGAAUUCAAUGAUCACUCGAUUAAGGAUGGUAUGAGAGCUUCGGCUUUAGAACUGCAACGAAACACUGCCUCCUCUUCUGCCAUGAUCGGCCGCAACAUGAAUGAGAUGCAAAUUGAGGUGCAGAGAAGACUGCAUGAACAGCUUGAGGUCCAGAAGCAUCUUCAGCUAAGGAUUGAGGCUCAAGGGAAAUACAUGCAGAGCAUAUUGGAGAAGGCAUAUCAAACACUUGCAGGUGAAAACAUGGCCUCUGCAGCCACCAACUUGAAGGGUAUAGGACCUCAAACCAUCCCUGACAUGGGAAUCAUGAAAGAGUUUGGUUCCCCUCUUGGUUUCUCUUUUCAAGAUCUUGACCUUUAUGGAGGUGGUGGUGGUGACCAGCUUGAGCUUCAGCAAAACAUGGAGAAACCACCCCUUGAUGGGUUCAUGCCAAUGAAUCAUGAGAACCUGUGUCUGGGGAAAAAGAGGCCUAACCCUUAUAGUGGUAACAAUGGGAAGAGCCCUUUGAUGUGGAGUGAUGAUCUCAGGCUUCAAGAUUUGGGAUCAUGCCUUCAAGAUGAUCCUUUCAAAGGUGAUCAUCAUCACCAGAUUCAGAUUGCACCACCAUCAUUGGAUAGAGGCACUGAAAUGGAUCCAAUGUCAGAGAUCUAUGACUCAAAGCCUGAAGAGAAGAAAUUUGAUGCAUCAAUGAAACUUGAAAGGCCAUCACCAAGAAGAGCACCACUUGGAGAAAGGAUGAGUCCUAUGAUCACUACUGGUACCAUGGCUCAAGGUAGAAGCUCACCAUUUGGCUGAGAUUAAUCUUAAUUAAUUAGUUUUGAGAAUCAUUAAUUUUCUCAUGUGAUGUGUAAUUUGACAUGAUGUGAAACUCUCUUAAGUAUGAUACCUAGGGUUUUGAAUUUGGUCUUUGGUUGGGAAUCUGCAGUUCAUAUGAGGGUUAUUUGACUUAUUUCCUCCUCUCAAAGUACUGUUAUAUGGUAUAAUGCCUUUGCAUGGCAACCCAAUGUCUUAUUCUAACUAAUGUAAUUAAAGCACGUAUGCUUGUGCUUAAUAUUGUGAGCAUUCUCACUCUUUUACAUCUACCA